AUGCUUGCUUGCGCUUCACUUCUGGAGCUCUGUUGCGGAACCAAGAACCUCCAAAACCUGCGGAUACUCCAUUCCCAAACUAUUAAACUGGGGUUUUCAUGCAAUGACUUCAUCCGAGCAAAGCUCGUCUCUUCCUACACCGCUUGUGCUGAGUUUUCCGAUGCUGAGCUUAUGUUUUCUUUCACUAACCGUAAAUUCACCUUUCUCUACAACACCUUUAUCAGGGGCUACGCUUCUACCAAGCAGUUUCAUCUUUCUCUUUCUUCUUUCCAUCAAUUGCUCCAAGAUCGCAAACCGAUUGACCUCAACACCCUUCCCGCAGUUCUUAAAUCUGUCGCCGCACUUUCGUACUUAAGAAUUGGGCGGCGAAUCCACAGUUUCGUUUUGGUACAUGGGUUUGGUUUUGAUAUUGCACAUUGCAACGCCUUGAUCACAAUGUACUGUAAGUGCGGUGAGUUGGAGUCUGCACGUAAAGUGUUCGAUAAAAUGCCUAGAAGAAACUUGAUUACAUGGAGUGCCAUGAUGGGUGGUUAUGGAAUGCAUGGGAACGCUGAUGAGGUAUUUUGUUUGUUUGAUAAGAUGUUGGUUGCGGGUGUUUGGCCAGACGAGGUGAUGUUUACCACAAUUCUCACAGCUUGUAGUCAUGGAGGAAGGGUAAAGGAGGGGGAGGAAUAUUUUGAGAUGAUGGUUGAGAUAUUUCAUAUACGGCCAACCAAGGAACAUUGUAGUUGUAUGGUUGAUAUGUUGGGUAGAGCUGGCAAAAUAGAAGAAGCUAGAGGAAUUAUUGAGAGCAUGGAGAUGGAGCCCGAUGCGUGUUUGUGGAGGGCAUUUCUCGGGGCCUGCAAAAUUCAAGGGAAGUCUGAGAUAAUUGUGAGAGGAAAACUUUGGAGGCUAACAGAUUAG